GGACUGAUUCCAAGUGAAAAGAGCCGGUAGCAACCAGGAUUUGACAGGGAGCUGGCUGAACGGAGCUUGCAAAGCAGCAACCCUUUCUGCAUUCAGAGUGUAUAAAGGCACCUAAUCUUCAUUAAAGAAAACAGUGGCUGUUCAUUAAAGAAAACAGUGGCUGUUUUGUAUCCUGUUACUGUUCACCAGGAAAAGAGAUAAGAAGAGUAAUAAGAGAAUGGUGAUUGGAAUUUGGAUUAUUGCAUUUUAUCUCCUUGGCACAGUAGCAGGUAAAGAAGUUUGCUACCACAGGCUUGGCUGUUUUACAGAUGACCCACCCUGGUCUGGGGUACCAGGGAGACUUCUGACAGGUUUGCCUGACUCUCCAGAACAUAUGAACAUCAGCUUCACUCUCUACACCAGAGAAACAGGAAAUAACUCACAGGUGAUCUCAGCAAUAAAUUCAUCAACCAUCCAAAACUCACAUUUUUCCUCACGUAGGAAAACCUCUUUCAUCAUUCAUGGAUUUGGCAGCACUGGAAAAAAAGGCUGGGUGGUAGAAAUGUGCUUGCUCUUACUGGAAGUGGAAAAUAUCAACUGCAUUGCUGUCGAUUGGCACGAAGGUGCAAAAGGCACCUACGUCAGUGCAGUGAACAACAUCCGCGUGAUUGGGGCUGAGGUUGCUUAUUUCAUAAAAACUUUACAGAAAAUCUUCAGAUAUUCCCCUCGGGAAAUCCAUUUAAUUGGCCACAGUCUGGGAGCACAUACUGCAGGAGAGGCGGGAAGAAGGAUCCAAGGCAUCAGACGGAUAACAGGCUUAGACCCUGCUGGGCCCUAUUUUGAAGGUACUCCUCCUGAGGUGAGACUGGAUCCUUCAGAUGCAGACUUUGUUGAUGUUAUUCACAGUAACGCUGCUCACUUUCCCGCCAUAGGGCUUGGAAUGUAUAACACCACCGGUCACCUGGACUUUUACCCAAAUGGAGGAACUGUGAUGCCUGGAUGCACUGAUUUCAUUCCAGAGAUGAAGCAAAGUGAUUUUGAAGUUAUCAUUGCAGAUGCUACAAUCGUUGGGGGGUGCCAUCACUCACGCAGCCAUGAGUUUUAUUUUGAAAGUAUCCUCUAUCCCACUGGAUACCUUGGAUAUCCCUGUGAAACGUACAAAUCCUUUGAGUCAGGAGACUGCUUCCCAUGUUCCCAGGAGGGAUGUCCAAUGAUGGGCCACUAUGCUGACAGAUUCCCAGCUAAAUUGAAGAGGGUAAACCAAAAGUAUUUUUUAAAUACAGCAGCAGACCCACCUUUUGCUACUUGGAGACAAAAAGUAUUUAUCAAACUGUCUGGUGUAAAGAAAAUGAGGGGGGACAUAAACCUAGUUUUCCAUGACACAGAGGGGAACACAAAAGAAUAUGAAAUUGCCAGUGGAGUCCUCUCUCAAGACCAAGUUUAUACAAAAUACCUUGAUGUUGAAAUUAACCCCCAAAAUACUAAAAAAAUUGAAUUUCUCUGGAAUAAAACCAUAUUCACUCUGCUCUGGGCAAGACUGGGAGCAGAAACAGUCAAUAUAACUCAUGGAGAAGAUGGACAUAGGUCAACUUUUUGUGGCCAUGGAACUGUGACAUAUGGAGUUCCCCAGUUGCUUACACCUUGCUAGAAGGUCACUGCGUACAACUGCUCUGUAAACGGCAGCUGAGCAAACCAUCAGUCCUGUGCAUGGGAGUGUUCGUACACAAGGCUAUUAAAGUAAAAAAUCAAACUGC